CACAACAGAAGAUUGAGAUGGACAAACGAGAUGGUUUGAUUAGUUCUCAACCAAUGUCAGUGCCACCUGCACAGCAAAUGUCUCGCAUUGAUCAACCAGUUCCUCCCUAUGCCGGUUACCCUCCAGCCACUGGUUAUCCCCAGCAUUAUUAUCCACAGCCUGGCCAUGGUUACCCUCCUGCUCCAGGCUAUCCACCUCCUGGACCGGGCUAUCCACCUCCUGGUCAUGGUUACCCUCCUGCUCCAGGCUAUCCACCUCCUGGACCAGGCUAUCCACCAGCACCGGGAUAUCCGCCAGCACCGGGAUAUCCCUCAAAGCAGGAACCUUAACCGAUAUCUCAAUCGUCUAAUGGAAGUUGUAACAUGAUCUAAACCGGCCUGCAGAACUUUUACAUUGUUGAGUUAUCAAUUUAUCAUCAUCCUUGGUAUGUUGUUAUUACUUUGCAAAUAUAUUAUCCGGUUUGUUCAUCGAUUUCUCUUAUCAGAUGAAACGCUAACUUUAUAAAACCAUAUAUGUUAGAUGUGGACUUGUUGAUUUAGUGUAUGA